AUGGCUCCAACCUUCGCUGGCUACGCUGCGGACGCAGCAGCAGAGCAGGGGGCUGCUGGUGCAGCAGCAGCAGCAGGCGAGGCGGCGCAGCUGCUGGCUGAGGAAGCCACCAUGGUCUCCUCCGUGGACACUGCAGCAGCAGCAGCAGCAGCAGAAGCAGAAGCAGCAGCAGCACCUCGCCGCAGCCGCACUCUUGCUGCAGGCCUGGGGUUUGCUGCUGUUGCAGCUCUGGCUCUUGCACUCCUGGGGGGCCUCCUCUCCACCAACAUGCUGCGUCUCCGGGCCAAGCCGGAGGCUCUGGGGACCCUCGAGGGGGACUCCCCUGUGGGCCCCUCCAUGGGGGCCCCCCUGGGGGCCCCCACGGACCCCGCGGGGCUCCCCUUGGGGGGCCCCAUCCCCCCCACGGGGGUCCCCCUGGGGGCCCCCACGGCAGUCCCGCCCCCCGCAGGGGCCCCCCUCGCAGGGGCCCCCACAGCGGCCCCCAAGGGGGGCCCCCAGGGGGCCCCCGAGGCGCCGCCGAUGCAGGGGGCCCCCCUAGGGGCCCCCGUGGGGGCCCCCGCAGCAGCAGCCGGGAAGCUGGGAGUGCCCCAGGGGCCCCCGCGGCCGCGGACUCCGCCGCCAGUGACGAACUUGCCUCCGAGAAUGCCAGGAGAUCCUUUUGAUGAAGUGGAUGCUGCUGGCGGAGGCAGCAGCAAAGCUGGCAGCAAGUAG